CUGCCAGACAGGAAAAUCUGAAACACACUCAUUUGGCAAAUGAUGUGUUGGUGGGGCAGCGUUCUCCAUUUCACACUGACCAUAUCGACUAGUAUUAUAGGCAUGUAACCUGAGCAGGACUGUUUACACCGCUGCCACUGGGACGGACACAAACCGGAGCAACGAUGGCCGUCGAAAAUGUGAGCGUGGUCUUCAAACUGUACUGCCUGACUGUGAUGACCCUGGUGGCGGCUACAUACACAGUGGCACUACGGUACACAAGGACCAUCUCAUCAGGAGACCUGUACUUCUCCACGACUGCAGUGUGCAUCACUGAGGUCAUUAAGUUAAUACUCAGUCUGGGGAUGCUCACAAAAGAAACAGGAAGUCUCUCCAGACUGAAGAAUGCCUUAGUGGAACAUGUAUUCUGUAGCCCGAAAGAGCUGUUGAAGCUGAGCGUGCCCUCGUUGGUGUACGCUGUUCAGAAUAACAUGGCCUUUCUUGCCUUGAGUAACCUCGAUGCAGCGGUCUAUCAGGUGACCUAUCAGCUGAAGAUCCCGUGCACAGCCCUGUGCACGGUCCUCAUGCUGAACCGCUCUCUCAGCCGGCUGCAGUGGUUUUCCGUCUUUAUGCUCUGUGGGGGCGUGACGCUCGUCCAAUGGAAGCCUGCAGAGGCCACUAAAGUUCAGAUUGAGCAAAAUCCUUUCGUUGGAUUCAUGGCCAUCGCUAUUGCAGUUAUUUGCUCAGGAUUUGCAGGUGUGUACUUUGAGAAGGUUUUGAAGAGUUCAGACACGUCUCUCUGGGUGAGAAACAUCCAGAUGUACCUUUCCGGUAUCGUGGUCACCCUCAUCGGGGUUUAUGUGAACGAUGGCGGCAAGGUUCUGGAGAAGGGCUUUUUCUUCGGUUACACACCCUGGGUGUGCUUUGUAGUAUUCUUGGCCAGUGUGGGCGGUCUGUACACGUCAGUGGUGGUGAAGUACACAGACAACAUCAUGAAGGGAUUCUCCGCCGCAGCCGCCAUCGUGCUCUCGACUGUGGCGUCUGUCCUCUUGUUUGGACUGCAGAUAACGAUCUCCUUUGCAUCUGGAGCUCUCCUUGUGUGCAUUUCCAUCUACCUAUACGGACUUCCAAAACAGGACACAUCCAAGCUGAGCCGGCAGGACACGGACAAGGAGUCCAAACAGAAACUAAUCACUGUGUGAGUCGCUGACCUGCAGCAGAGGAGUCUCUCUCUUUCACUGGUGGACCAGGUCACCUUUAACAAGGACCUUAGAGAGCUCCUGAACCAGGGAGAUCACGGAGCCAAACGACAGUCUUGUUUCCAGUUUAAAGUAGGUCUGCUCCCUCGAUCCAACCCACUUCAGAACACAUGGGACUGGUGACAGUACUAUGAAUUUCCAGAUAAUCUGAAAAAUAGCCUAAUGUUGGCAGGUUUGAGCAAUCUUUCAGUUGAUAUUAAAAAAAAAAUCACAUGUCACCCUUAAUGAUAGCUGCUUUUUACUUUUGUAAAUAAUAUGAAGCAAUCAGUGAAAUUUUAAUUUCAUCUUCAGCCAUGCUGGAGAGAUGAGCAGUGACAAGACAGUGUUACUUUUAUUUUGAAGCCUCCAGGGGAUGAAUUAAUAUCACAGCUCCUUAUCACGGAGUAUUUUCUUUCAAUCAGUAAUUAGUCUGUUGUACACUGUGCAAUGUUAGUGUCUUAUGUCCAUAUCACAUAGGUCUGAUUCUGAAUGUGUUCGACUCGCAGGAGAACAUACUUGAAAGCAGAACGACGACAGAUUGCAUGUACGAUCAUACGCUUAUAAAUAUCAUCUCUUCAGUGUCUUGUAAUCUUUUGUAUCACCUGUCGCCUUCUGUUUUGAAGCGUUCAUUAAAAUUAGAUGGAAACGUGAUAAAA